AUUCUUUAAAUUAGACUUCAGAAAGACGAUACUCCCACGAUACCCCAUCUGGGAUCUUCUAUAAUUUUUAAUGCUUAUUGUGUAGCAGUGUUGCCUCGAGAAGAAAUUACUGUUGAAAUUAUUUGCUAAAAAUGACAGGGACAAACGAAAGGACGAAGAAACUUAAUUAUGUCGUUUUUAAGAAGAACUACAAAGGAAAUACCGUAUAUAUAAGCACCGAAAAUUAAUCGAAAAUGCAUACAAUAGUUUUUUGACUGAUACUCCUCAAGCUCAAGAAAUGUUGAUGAUUCAUGAAGAUAAAACAGAACUGUUGUUCACUCGAUAAUAAAUAGAUGGAAGCCUAGUCAAGAAUGAGAAAUUGUACUGGUUUUAGGAUACAGCUUCCAAGAACGAAAUUUAAGCAAAAGUGUGAAGAAUUGAAUGAAGGUGAUGGUGGGACUUUUGCUAUAAAAAUGCGCAGAGCAAUGUGGUAGCCAUUAAAAAUAAUGAGAGGAGAAGAAAAUUUAAUAGAAAUAAAUGCUUUGUCAUUGAAAAAUUUGCAAUGUAAAUCUGUGUGACCUGACAACGAGGUUGUAACAUGCACCAUUUUCAAAAUUCAACAUGGCGGAAAAUGAAACAUGUAGUUCGGUCUGUCUGUGUGUAUUAUAACUAAAGUCUGAUCAAUUCAAGCAAAACUACUGAUUAUUCUGGAAAAAUGCAAGAUCCACAGAAAUUAUCAGGCGUACGGAAAUCUGAAAAAUACAAUGGAUUUUAAGUUGCUAGCAGCUUCACUGAGGGAUGAUAUUUUCAGGGCAUCCUUCAAGCAAGAUGUUGUACAAAAUGCUGUUGCCCAUUUGAAUACAGCUUUUGAAAAACUGAAGGACUCUAAAGAAAGGAAUAUUUUAUCAGUUGAUGUGAUUCAUUCAAUCCAAUGGCCAAUGGAAUGCUUCAGAAAUGCCUGUGUAAAUUGUGAGAAAAACCAGCUACUGAUUUUGAAACAGCCAGAUGUACUGGAAACAGCUCUAGGGAUUCUUCAACUUGAUUCCCAUCUUGAAGAUCAAGGCCUUUCCUUAGCAUUUUCAAUGACGAAGACAGUUUCACUCCAGUUCAUUGGAAAUCUUGUAGCUGCAAAUAGCACUUGUCAAGUACAUGUAUGGAACAGAAUAUUUCCUGACUUAACAAGAUUAUUCAUGGAAAGAAUAUCUGCUCCUCACAAGAAUAUUCUUUGUAUGGUGAUUUAUAAUUGCAUUCUUGAAAGUCCAGAGGUUUAUGGAACCAAGGAGUUUUCUCUCCUGCUGGCUCAGAUAAUUGACUUUAGCCAGAACUUUGACACUGAAUGGGGGCUACUGAUUUUACAGCAUGCUGUUUCUUCAAAAGGAUUCCCCGAUUUAUACGAUCAACUAGCAGGUCAACAUAAGCAAAGAUUGGUCCUUCUUGAUUUACUUCACGCUUGCAUCUCUGAUGGUACAAACGCUGUCCCGCAGCAUACUAUCGCCUUUAUGGCAAAGCAGUUCAAAGGGUAUUUGAAUGUCAUUGUAUUUGGAAAAGAAUCCCAAAUGGAAACCUUUGAGCAACUGGUUGAAUUGGUUCUGCUUCUUCUGCAAAUCCUUUGUGAUGCAACAAGUCAUCCGAAGUACAUUGAUACUUGUACAGAUGAAGGGCUUGUUGACUGUGCCAUUUCCUAUCUAAAGCAUCUAUCAAAAUUCAAGACAGACACUCGUAAUAGCAAAGAACCACACAGAGAUGGGACAUUUGGUGUAAAAAGAGACAUUGUUCGCUUGAUUGGGAAUUUAUGCUUUAAGAAUAAGGCUAAUCAAGAUCAGGUAUGCAAGGUCAGAGCAUUGGAUGGCAUUCAUAAUGUUCUCGAUAGUUGCAAGAUUGAUGAUGAAAAUCCUUACAUUGCUCAAUGGGCAGUAUUUGCUAUCAGAAACCUGUGCGAAAACAAUCCAGAAAAUCAGAACGUGAUUUUGCAAUUAGAGAGACAAGGAUUGGCAAACACCGAAGAUAUAGAGAAGCUUGGAAUAAAUGUAAAAAUUGUUGAUGGAAAGGUUACAAUAGGAUCUAAAGAUCAUAAGCCUGGAAAUGUUUAUUGAACUUGACAUAAUUGAUUAUUACAAUAAAGAAUCUUUCAUUGUAAAAGUAUACAUUUGAAAAAUAGAGAAUAGCAAUAAAUUCAAGUCUCUGUAUCUUGAAUACCCUCUAUCUUGAACUUUCAUACAUCUCAAACUGAAGUUCUGGUCUUUUGGAUAUUUUAGGUGCCUGCAACUUAAUUUUCUCUUUGUAUCCCAAACUUUUCUGUCUCAAAAUUUUUCUUUUUGGGACAAGAUU